UGCGGCAGCGCCCCCGGAGUUUGGAAAGACCCGCGCGGCUGGGAAGUCCAGGGCCAAGAGGACCUCUCCACGAGAUGACGGGACACCACUGGGGGUACGGCGAGGAGGACGGUCCCUCCGUGUGGCAUAAAGCUUUCCCCGUUGCCCAGGGAGACCGCCAGUCACCCAUCAACAUCGUCCCCACAGAGACGGUGUAUGACUCAAGUCUGUCCCCCAUCUCCCUCGCCUACGAGAACUGCACCUCCCUCAACAUCUCCAACAACGGCCACUCGGUGACGGUGGACUUCGAUGACUCGGACAACCGCUCAGUGAUCCAGGGUGGUCCUCUGGCUAAUCCUUAUAGGCUGAAGCAGUUCCACUUCCACUGGGGGGGCAAGGGCUGCCACGGCUCAGAGCACACCGUCGCCGGCAAGACAUACGCCUCCGAGCUCCAUCUAGUCCACUGGAAUGCGGUAAAGUACCAGUCGUUUGGGGAGGCGGCCUCAGCACCAGAUGGACUGGCUGUGCUGGGCAUCUUUCUAGAGACAGGAGAUGAGCACAGAGGCCUGCACAAGAUCACAGAUGCGCUGUACAUGGUCAAGUUCAAGGGGACGCUGGUGGACUUCAAGGGCUUCAACCCGGUGUGCCUGCUGCCCAAUGACAUGAACUACUGGACGUACCCCGGCUCACUGACCACGCCCCCACUACACGAGAGCGUCACGUGGAUUGUACUCAAGGAGCCUAUCACGGUGUCCGAGAGACAGAUGGGCAAGUUCCGGUUGCUGAUGUUCAGUGGCGAGGAGGAAGAGCAGAGGAAGAGGAUGGAGAACAACUUCCGUCCCCCGCAGCCCCUCAAAGGCCGACAGGUGCGGGCGUCCUUCAAAUAGAGGUGACCCCGCCCCCACACCCAGAAGCCCCGCCCCCAGUC